UGUUUUGAGAGCGGUGGAACGGCGAGGGGAGGGGAGAGGGCGCUGCCACUUUAAAAAUGGGAAGUCCGCCCUCCUGAGGUAAUGGUAACCUCAGCCUCCUCCCCCUCCUCCUGCCCAAAGAGAGGGAGAGAGAGAAAACUUGUUUUCAUUCAUAACUUUUUCCUUUUCCUUCCUCUCCGUCAACUAUUUAUUCACCGCUUCUCCCAGCUCGGAUUGCAGAGGGCGCAGCUCCACCGUCGUAACUUGCAGUGUGGCGACGCUUCUCUGCUGCCCCUGCCCCCGGCUCAUUUCUUCCCGGCUCUUUAGGAAUCCGGCUUUUCCUUUAAAGUAUAGACAGAUCUUUAUUUCUGACUCUCCAUGCCUUGGGCUUGCUUUUGGCGCCUGCAUUAGCUCUCAAGGCUCUCCGCGAUCUGUAAGAAAUCUUGGCGAGAUACGCAAAAAUGGGUCGGAAAUCCACGGUGAUCCUUAGGAUGUGAUGGGACUGUACGAAAAGGAUUUCAGAUGCAUGCCAGGUUUCCACUGAUUGCCAGAAUUCGCGAUCACUACACAUGGAUCCCCAAAAUCAGCAUGGCAGUGGCAGUUCAUUAGUUGUGAUCCAGCAGCCUACAUUGGAUAGCCGUCAGAGGUUAGACUAUGAGAGAGAAAUUCAGCCUGCUGCUAUUUUGUCUUUAGACCAGAUCAAGGCCAUCAGAGGCAGCAAUGAAUACACAGAAGGGCCAUCAGUGGUGAAAAGACCUGUGCCUCGAACAGCACCAAGACAAGAAAAGCAUGAAAGGACUCACGAAAUCAUACCAAUUAAUGUGAAUAACAACUAUGAACACAGACCUACAAGCCACCUGGGACAUGCAGGACUCUUAAAUAAUGCCCGAGGCCCCAUUUUGAGCAGAUCGACCAGCACUGGAAGUGCAGCCAGUUCUGGGAGCAACAGCAGUGCCUCUUCAGAGCAGGGACUGUUAGGAAGGUCACCACCAACCAGACCAGUGCCUGGCCAUAGGUCUGAAAGAGCAAUCCGGACCCAGCCUAAGCAACUGAUUGUUGAUGACUUGAAGGGUUCCUUGAAAGAGGACCUGACACAGCACAAGUUUAUUUGUGAACAGUGUGGGAAGUGCAAGUGUGGAGAAUGCACAGCUCCCAGGACCCUGCCAUCCUGUUUGGCCUGCAAUCGUCAGUGCCUUUGCUCUGCCGAGAGUAUGGUGGAAUAUGGAACCUGCAUGUGCUUAGUCAAGGGCAUCUUCUACCACUGCUCCAAUGACGAUGAAGGGGAUUCUUAUUCGGAUAAUCCUUGCUCCUGUUCACAGUCCCACUGCUGCUCUAGGUACCUGUGUAUGGGAGCCAUGUCUCUAUUUUUACCUUGCUUACUCUGUUAUCCUCCUGCUAAGGGAUGCCUGAAGCUUUGCAGGGGGUGUUAUGACUGGAUCCAUCGCCCAGGAUGCAGAUGUAAGAACUCCAACACUGUCUAUUGUAAGCUGGAGAGCUGCCCCUCCAGGGGUCAGGGUAAACCAUCAUGAUUUCUGGAAGUGCGUUGGACCUCCUGAACUUCUGGCUUUCAAGCUGUGGCUGUUAAAAAGAUUCUAUGGCAUACUGGUUUUAUUUUCUCUACAAUUUUCCCACCUUUCUUCCCCUGUUCCUAAGGUUUGACUCAUGGAUCUUACUCUUCUCUAAUGGAUGAUCUUCAGUAAGAGUGGACUGUGAAACUACACCUGGCUCCCACUUAUGACAAGAGCCUCUGCCAUCCACGCAGGAGGGUUAUUGAGAGCCAGUGGGCUUUUGUGUAGCCGUUUUGUUCUGCAAGCAACUUUUCAAAAAAGUUGUUGUAUAAAUGAACAUACCCACACACAUACCCAGUCAAUCUGCAGUGAUUUAGAGCUGUUUUUGAUUGGGUACUCUGGGAGCAGGGAAACUGGUUUUUAAAGAAACAACAUUUUUAUUGCUUAAUUAAGCUAUGUGUUAAGUUUGUCUCCAGUAGGGCUGUCUUCAUAGCAUUGGCCCCUUAAGAAGCAUGGGGGGAUAUAUUUUUGUUAUAACAUAAAAAUUUUCGUUUAACCACUGUCCUCUCCUUGCCCCUCAAAGUUCUUUCCCCUCAGUUUUUUUUUUUUUUUCUGGAGAUGCCAGGUAUUUUUCUUUUCCUAUGUAAUUUUAGAUUUGCUUUACAAUAUAAAUCUUCACAUUGGAGAUAAAUUGGUUGUUUCUUGCUCAUCUUUAUUCUAGCUUUCAUGUUUGUGAAGGACUCAACUACCUUCCUGCCACACCCCACACUUUUUACCAAAUUUCUCGUCAUUGAGGGCACUUGGAUAACUGAAGUUGAUAUUUACAGCUGAUCAGUCUAUAGGUGUCACAGAACUAUGCUGCCUAAAGUGAUCUUGGCCCUUUAAUGGUCCUUUUGGCCCUUUGGUUAGCUAACAGCUGGGUAAUUCUAAUUUUUUCUGUGUUUUCAUUGCCUUAACCACAAAUUGUGGUGCUUUUUUGUAUAUUUUAUGUAUAAAUCACAAAGUUGAAUUCUGACUAUUUUUAAGACAAAAGUCUGUUAAACUUUUUUAUUGUAAAGAAUAUUUAUUAUGCGAAUCUAUUAUUUUAUGAUAUUUAUUGCAAAAGACUGUUGAAAUGUACUCAUGUCUGAAUAUAACAAAAUAUCAAUACGUAACGGAAAGUAAGGUGACACGAAGAAAGUACCUAUGUUAACUAUAAUGCAGAAAAUAUAUUAAUUAAUGAAA